AAAUGGGAUGUUUUGGAGUUUAAAAAGCCGCAGUUAAUUGGCCCGGUCCGUCCAUUUUUAACCCUGUGAGUUAGGAGACAAGUCGCUUUCGGAGCGUAAGGAAGUCUGGUAUUUUCUUGGGCUACCUUUCUUUUCCUUUGCUUUUUCAUCCUGGGUUUUCGAGCCAUAUCUUUUAGGUUUCUCCUUCUCUCCUAACGUUCAGGCAGGCGGAGGCGGUGCAAACGUAAUAAUGUUCAGAUCGUCUUGCUAAUCGUGCGUGCGCAUCUGAGGAGAAGGGCUUUUCGUCACUACAGGAGAAUUUAAACGAUUGCUGGGAGGAAUUUGAUGGAGGGGGAGGGGGACGGUGCGGCCAUGGCGGCUGAGGGUUUGGGUAAUGAAUGCCGAGAGAAAACGGGCGGGGGCGUGAGCGGAAACGAUCUUUCAAACACUAGCAGUACCAUUGAUGUAUCUGCUUCAAUAUCCCUUUGCAGGACCUCCGCUGCUUCUUCUCCUGCUACAAAGUCUCAUCAUGCAGGCCAUGCUUCGGAAAAGCCUGUUGUUCUCAAGCGCUUGGUCCCCGAGAUGGAAGCAAAAUCUUCUUCACCGGUAUCCGUAGCUGGCUUUACGGGAAAAUUAAAGCUUUUGAAUGGUGAAAUGGUUGAGGACAAGAAACCGGCAAGUGAAUGCAGCAUGUGCGGUGAUGUCGGAUUUGUGCGGGAUCUCCUUCUCUGCAAGAGAUGCGGCUACCGUUUACAGCACACGUAUUGUAGUAAGCUUUAUCCCGAUGUGGACAUGGAAAGCUGGGCUUGCGAAUGGUGCUUGUUUGAGGAGGAGAGCAACGGAGCGGUCAAAGCCAAGCUGGGAAAGCGGAAGAUGGAAAGCAGGAACAAGGCUUUCGAGUUUUUGCUCCAGAUUGCGCAGGAAUCUCCCAGCAGCAGCAGCAGCAGCGAGAGGCAACGGUACAGGGCUGAAGGUCAUGGUAUUGCUACUAGAAAGGAAAACGGAUUCAAGUGCGGCGCUGUUAAGGUCGGGAAGGCGGAGCCAAGGCUGGUACAGACCCCUCGUUUCAUCAAGGAGGAAAAUAUUUUGAAAUUGGGACAUUUAUACCAAGACUGGAAAGAGGACAGCGCAAUGAAAAAUGGAGGACAGGUGCCGAAGAAACAACGCUGCAAUAAUAGCCAUCCUCCCAGUGAUAAGAACAACAAGGCACUGGAUAAGUGGAGGAAUCUGGCCAAAAGUAAGCUCCAUUGUAGUAAUACGUCUAAGGCAAUUGUUCGGCGGUACAAGCUGCUCGCAGAUGUUCUUUGUUAAUUUCAUUACAAUCCGAAUUCAGGUGAUCCUGUGAAUCAAUCGCUAAUGACCGUCACUUUUCGUACAAUCGAAGCCAAGUUUUGGUGGUGGCCUUGCCUUGCCUUGCCUUGUGAAGAGAAAAUGUUGUUGAGCUUCCUUCAACUUUCAAUUGUCGUGUGCUUGGCCGAGGCCUGUGGACAAUUGGCUGGAAGCUGCGGUUAGUUUAAAGACUGUACAGAAUGUCUUUUUUUCUCUUUUUAUAAAAUAUUCUAGCUUCCUAAACUGCGAAUCUUAGUGUUUGUGCUUGGACUCGCUCAAUUUGCUCCAUCAAAAUAAAUUUUGCUUUUAUUUAUGUCAGUUACUUUGCAGAUUCUGGAACUUCUCCAAUCUCAUGUAAAUAGAAAGACAAUAACUGUUGCUCAUUUCUCUUCAA